UGGGAGUAGGGGUCUGAGCCCACGGUCGCGACCGUGAUGUAGGGUGGGCUGGUGGCGGCCGCUGGGGUGGUUUUGUCCGCGUGCCCAGAGGAGGCGGCCACGGCGCCAGCGGACCGAGCUGUGGCGGGACCAAGCCGGGAUUCCCGGAACCUCCCGUUCUCCGAGCCCCGCCGGGCUCUUGCCCGCCGAGGCCGAGGGGCGCCUGAACGUGGCCCCCUGGGGCGGGCGGCCGGAUGGGAUAGGAGAACAAGAAUGAGUAAGGGCGAAAACAGGGAUGGACGGGACGUGGUACUGGCGGUGAAGUACCAUCGGCUGCGGCUUCAGGAGCCGCGCAGGUCUGGUUUGGAGAUCAAGCCCGGUCGACCCCUUACGGAAAGAAGAAGAGUAAUAUUGAUUCCUCCAAGUGCCUAGGCACGUGCGUUUUGGUCCGAAAUUGAAGUAUGCGGACCACUCUGUGGCCUGAGGACGAUAACUUCUUUGUGUUAAUGGCUAAAACUUAGCCACAAACCAGAAUUUAAACCUUCUCUCCCAAGUGUAUGGUAGAGCUAAAGAAGAAGACAAGACAAGCUAAGGGUCAUCUGAAAUUGUAAUUGGCUCACUAAUAAUCCCAGGACAAAGUUGGAAAGAAGUACUCAAGCAUAAGACGGCUACAAAGAUGUUUGAUAUAAAGGCUUGGGCCGAGUAUGUUGUGGAAUGGGCUGCAAAGGACCCAUAUGGCUUCCUUACAACAGUUAUCCUGGCCCUUACUCCAUUGUUUCUAGCAAGCGCAGUACUGUCUUGGAAAUUGGCCAAGAUGAUUGAGGCCAGGGAAAAGGAGCAAAAGAAGAAACAAAAACGCCAAGAAAAUAUUGCAAAAGCUAAACGACUAAAAAAGGACUGAAGGAAUGAAUAAACGGCUCUAGACCCAGAGGAACAUCAUUUGGAAAAUUAUGCAGUGUUGAAAGGACCCACUAAGGUUUCUUUUCUGGUUUUUAUGGCAGUAAUUUGUUGUAAAUGAAGUCGGAGCACCUGUAAGAAUCAUGUUAGUUGUGACCUCUACUGCAGCAACUUUUAGGUUUUGGUAUAGAAGUCUGUUGACAGUUACUGUAAAUUGGCAUUUAUUAUGCUAUAAAUUCUUUAUAAUUGGCUUAGUCAUUUGCCAUUUUGCAGCUUAUGUUCUGAAAUGAAAACAUCCUGUGGAGAAAAAUGACUAUACAUUAUGAACUGUAUUCAAGUAAUGGCUUAGAAUGGGGUCCUGUUUCGGACGAAGGGAAUUGAGAAUUGUCCUGAGGUGAAAAGUGUGCUUUGGCUUAAAGAGGCUAGUAUAGUAUAUUAUUUACACCUUUUAUCCUUAUUGCUUAUUUCUUGGAACAGAAUCAUUUCUGGCUUUCUCAAAGCCACAUAUUAACCAAUGACCGUAUUUUGCAUUUUUCUCAUUUUAGCUUUUGAGAUAAUUAUCAGAUAUUCUGCAUUUUUAAAAAUCUCAUUUUAUAAAGAAUUCUCUCAUUGGCUAUGUAGAGUACCACCUACCAGACAGAACAGUUUUUGUACUUAUGAACCUGCCAUUUUCUUAGAGAUGUCUUGUUGAGUAGAGUAACACUAUGAUAAAACCCUGUGGUACCUUGGAACCAGUUUAUUCUUUAUUGUGCUGUGUAGAAAUGUGAAGUAGUUAAAAUGUCUUAUCACAUAAUUUGCUCAUUAUAUAGAUGCCACUUUUGUGUUUUUAUUCCAUUCUUCAUUUUAAUUUAUCUAGUAGUGGUGUUCUGUACUUUCUGAUCAAACAGGUUCAUGGUGAAAAUUAAAAUUUCAGACUUCUCUUAAGGAAUUCUUAAAAAGUAAUAGUUAAGUCCUAUUUCAUAAGUGGUAGUAAAGGUUUAACAUUUGGAAAAAUUUUGUUCAUCAUACUAGUAAUUGAGUGAAAAAGGCAAAUUAUGUCAAAAUGAGAAUGUUAAAAUUAGAAAUAAAGAGGUAAAGGAUAUUUCCUUCAGCUAAGCAGUAUAACUGGAACUUUUUACUAUUAAACAUGGCUUUUAUAAAUGCGUAGUCUAAUAAUUUUAUUCGCUGUCAGUAUAUAAUAGCUUAUUAACGUUUUCCUCACCUCUGAUAAUGAAUUUUAAAUUACAAAAAAUUGUCCACCAGCUUUAAUUUAAAAAUGGAACUAGAUAUUGAAAUAAAUUUGAUACUUUUUUAUAAAGAGG